UGUAAAGAGCAUUGGUGGAGAGUUGUGAAUGUAAGGCAAAUGAAAGAUAUCAGGAUGGGAAGAGAAUGUCUGGAAGAGGAUAAUGGGAUUUAAACCUGUAAGCACUUAAAGCCCUUAUAUCAGCAACAAUAAUCGGUGCUGCUUCCUGUAGUUGCUCAGAGGGGUCUGACUCUGGGUUAUUUCAUGUCUGUAAUAACUGAGUACACAUAGCACCUCUACACCCAAAGUAAUCAGUGCAUCUGCAUGGCCAAGAGGACACUGGCACCAUGAACAAGCUUAAGGGCCGGAGGCAAAGCCUGUUCCCCAAUUACAAACUUGGGGUCACAGCCCCUGCUCCCAAGGAUCCUGAAGACUCUGAACUUCCCUUUGGCCAACACAGCUGGGUGAAACCAUGGAAUUCAAUGCAGGAGCUAAGUGGGGAUAUUUAUGAUGUCUAUGCUGAGUAUGAAGAUGAAGAAGAUGAUAAACCAAUGUCCACCUCUAGUAAAUUGUCCUCUUCAACUAAAAAUUACAUGCUCAACAUCAAUGUGGGAGGCAAGGUCUACCACAUCUCUUACAAGGUAGCAGCAAAAUAUCCCAAGACAAGAAUUGGCCGACUUGCAACAUAUACUGACCACAGCAGGAAACUUGACCUCUGUGAUGAUUACACUGUGCAGAACAAUGAAUUUUUUUUUGACCGUGACCCAGACAUCUUCCACAACAUCUUUAACUUCUAUAGAACUGGAGUGGUCUGGAUUAAAGAUGAGUUAUGUCCACGCAAUUUCUUGGAAGAGAUCAACUACUGGGGGGUUCGCAUCAAGAAUACCCAUCGAUGCUGCCGCAUCUCAUUUGAGGAACGUCAAGAUGAACUCAACGAACAGCUGAAGGUGCAAAGAGAGCUACAAGCAGAAGUGGAAACUGAGGAACAUGAGGACCGAUUUCAAGAUAUGGCUUUUGGGCAUUCACGUUUCCUCAUUUGGAAUAUGAUGGAGAAGCCCUUUUCAUCAGUCACUGCCAAGCUCAUGGCAGUAGCAUCCAGUUUCUUUGUGCUGGUAUCACUUGUGGCUAUGACUCUUAACACAGUAGAAGAAAUGCAGUAUACAACUACAACUGGCCAGCUUAGUGGGAAGACCUACUGUGAGUAUGUAGAGACUUUCUGCAUUGCCUUUUUUACCAUGGAGUAUAUUCUCCGACUUGUGUCUACACCUGAUCUCAAACACUUUGGAAAAAGCAUGUUAAAUGCUGUGGACCUGAUUGCAAUUCUUCCAUUAUAUCUUCAGAUGAUCUUAGAGUGUUUUGAGAAUGACAACUAUAGGAAACAUGGAAGUGACAUAGAGACUGUUGGAAGAGUAGGUAAAUUGGGUCAGGUUCUACGUAUCAUGCGUCUUAUGCGGAUCUUUCGUAUCCUUAAACUAGCACGUCACUCUACUGGACUUAGAGCCUUUGGCUUUACACUCCGGCAAUGUUACCAGCAAGUGGGAUGCCUUUUCCUCUUUAUUGCUAUGGGAAUUUUUACCUUCUCUGCCAUGGUGUAUACUGUAGAACAUGAUGUGCAUCAAACAAACUUCACCAGCAUUCCACAUGCAUGGUGGUGGGCAGCUGUGAGUAUCUCCACUGUGGGCUAUGGUGACAUGUUUCCAGAGACUCAUCUGGGCAGGAUUUUUGCAUUUGCCUGUAUCUCUUUUGGCAUUAUUCUCAAUGGAAUGCCAAUCUCAAUCCUAUUUAACAAAUUCUCAGAUUACUACACAAAGUUGAAAGCCUAUGAAUACACCUCCUCUAUAAAGAAUCGAGGAAAAGUAAGGUUUGUAAAAAGAGCUGCUAAGACGUUUGCGGAGCGCUUCUAGAAUACUGGGAACAAUUGUUGUAUUGUUUUAAAGAUGCUGAAUCAAAGCCUAUUUGGAUGCUGUAAUAAAAUCUUUAUUUUUAAGACUGCCA